AUGGAAGUUACUCGUUCUAAUUUCAAAGAAGUCCUGCCAUUAGUAGCAGCGUCUAUUGAAAAUGCCGAUUUUUUGGUAAUAGAUACCGAGUUUACGGGCUUGAUCAACGGUCGAGAUGUGUCUAUAUUCGACUCGCCCCAAGAGUACUACACUACUAUUUUGAAUGGGUCAACAGAGUUUCUUUUGAUUCAAUUCGGUUUAUGCGCUUUCCAUUGGAAUGAGAAUGAGGAAAAAUAUACGAAUGACGCGUAUAACUUCUACUUGUUCCCCCGUGGUCGUCCAGGACCGGAGAAAAUAUUUUUGUGUCAAAGUUCCAGCUUAGAUUUUCUUGCUUCACAAGGUUUUGACUUCAAUAAAUUAAUAAAAGAAGGUAUAUCAUACAUGACAGAACCGUCGGAGACAAGAUUGCGUGAUUUUUUAACAGAAAGGCAAAAGUCAUACACUAAUGAUAAAGGAACUAUUUCAAUCCCCAAUGAAUUUAAAUCACAGAUUGAAGAUAUAUGCAAAAAAGUUGGUGUGUUCUUAAAAGAAAAUAAGAGAGAGGAAAUGGAAAUAGACAGGUGUAAUGCGUUCAUGCGACGGCUGCUUUUCCAAGAGUUAGGAACUCGGUAUAAAGAUGUGGCUUUUGUGGAGACUAAAGUACUGGAGAAUAAAGACAGGGUUUUAAAAGUGACGAGGCUAUCGUCGUCGCAGGAUAGAAAGAGUCGGGACGAUGAGAAAAAGGAAAAAGAAUGGGAGGAAUUGGAGGAAGCAGUUGGUUUCUCCAAGAUUGCGAGAAUGAUCAGCCAAUCGGAAAAAUUAGUGAUAGGCCACAAUUUGCUUCUAGAUCUUUUACAUACCCUCAACCACUUCUUCCAACCACUGCCUUCUGAUUACCAGUCAUUUAAGGAGUUUGCGCAUUGUAUGUUUCCAAGGAUAUUAGACACUAAAUAUAUGUCGAGCCUGCCACCUUUCAAAGAUAAGGUGAACUCCAGCGUCCUUCAGCAUCUUUUAGCAACAUUAUCCGAAUCUCCUUUCUCAUUGCCAGAAAUUGAUUCAGCGGAGGGCCGCGGCUAUAAGUACGCGGAUGACAAGCAGCACGAGGCCGGUUACGACGCGUACGUUACCGGGUUAUGCUUUCUGGCUAUGCAUACGCAUCUAGCGCGCAUGCGCGGCGAAGAGAAACGACGCGUGACCGGUGACAGUGUGCUGCUAAGGCCGUUCCUCAAUAAGGUGUUCCUCGCGAAGACAGCCCACCAGGACUCACCAUACAUGAAUUUGGCUGGCGCAGAUCCUACACCAUCCAGAGAUCACGUCUUUCACAUGAUGUUCCCUAAGGAGUGGCAACGAAAUGACAUCAAUCAACUAUUUAGUGCUUAUGGUCAAAUAACAAUUCAGUUCCUCGACGAUACGUCUGCUCUGGUCGGGCUGUCCAGGCGGGACCUGGCAAAGACAGUGCUCAGAGCUUUCUCGAACAACAAAAAAGUGAAAUUGGUGCCCUUCGCCAAGUAUAAAGGCAUGAACAAUAAGGUCUUACCAACGCCGGCGCUCGAACGCCGAGACGACUCGUCGCCCGUUUAUGUGAAAGUGAACACGCCCGACGCGGCUAGGCAGAGCCAAGCGAAUGUUGGGGACAACGACAUUGGAUCUCCAGUGAAGAGAAGCCGGUCUAGCAGCCUCAGCGAACCGGCAAAACAAACUGCCCGCAAGCGGACAUCGUCUGGUAUCUUCCAAGUGCAAGAUUCCGAACCACCACCAAAAAGAGCAGAACUCACAGAUGCAGAGACGGAAAUUGUAAAACCUCGCGAAAUACAUCCUCGCACCAACGGAAGGCGGAAAGCAUCUGAGAGUGAGAAAGAAAAAAGGAAAGAAACGAAAAAGGCAGAUAUAGCGAACACGGAAAGAAGAAAAGAGAAAGUGAUAGAAACAUUCGAUGAAAAAUCGGCGACGCAAUGCGUGACGGCUUUUAAGGAAAGCGAUAGUUGGGAUUAA